AUGCCACCAACAAAGAAAAAAGUCAAGACCAGUCACCCAGCGACUAUAAAACCAAUGGUCCUCGGUUCGGCCUCAGGAAUCAUAGAUCCACCAGAUAUGAAAAUCAAAGUAUUUGAAGCCGAGUUCCAUGUCCAUUCCGCGAUGAUUAAGCUCUACUCUGGCUACUUCCGAAAGUUUCUCGAUCCUUCGAACAAGCCUCCUCGGCCUGAAUUGCCGCAAGGCAGCUUCAAGUAUGAAUGGAUUACUGUGGUGGAUGAAGGAGGUGCUGGUUGGUGUUUGGAAGAUUCCUCUGCGUAUCCUAAUGUAAGUUCCCCUUGAAGAAUUCCAGCCAUCUUUUCAAGACGAGAAAGAGUCCAAUAUACUUGCGAACCUUUCAUGGAGGUGCUGAUCAAAAUGCUGACACUUCAUCUUCAGGGAAUCCCAGAUCUAUCUACAUUCACGGGAGACAAGCACAGGCAGAUUUGGGCAUUCGCAAGCCUGCUCUCUGCGAUAUAUGGCGAGCCUUACUACGUGAACAAUGUUGCUAGAUUUCAUGUCCUAGUCGACCUUGCAGACUAUUAUCUCGCGCUUCCAGCUGUAUCGCGAUCACUCGAUGGCCUCUUCCAUCGAUGCCCUCAGUUCACAGAGCUCGUGUAAUUCGAAUCUCUCCGAUUACUACCAUUGGCUGCUAAACUCAAGCAUGCGGUCUUGUUCAAAGACUGUGUCAUCUUUCUUGCGGCUCCCUAUGAAGACCCUGUUUUCGAUCAAUUGGAGGACCCCGAGCUCAAGCAAACUGUGAAGAUGGCACAUCAGCGUUUGGUCGAGACUGCUGAGCGACUUGUCUGGAAUAUAUUUAGCGCAAGUCACACAGGUCAAGACAAGGAGCAGAAAGAGGUUCGGAAGUGUCUUGAUCGUGUUUUCCCGAAUUUAGAUGGGUGGUACACACGCAAUUAUGGAAAAGUCGAUUUCUUGCGCCAUCUGGAGCAAGAAUCGUUGUCCCAUACUCCUGAACUUACAUCCUCGUUCCACGAGGACUUGCACUCUAUUGUGCAGAACAAUUCUAUAUUGGUAAGGGAUAUAGAAAUCGAAGAUCUCGAUUCCCUAGAAGAUAACAGACAUAAGCACAACCUGUACUCGGCCAAAAUAGAGGACAAAGAUCUGCCAUGGGUUUCCAAAGAAUCAUCUGGCGAGCAAGCUUGA